UUUUAUUCAUAUUUCCAGCUUGUUCUAUUUUUUGUAACCUUAAUGGUUCAGACUUCCCUGGCUACAGUUCAGCCAAAGGCGCCGAAUUUCCAGUACUUUGAAAGACCCAAAUACCGUUACCCCUAUUAUGAUGAACAUGGCCGAGGAAAGCUUCUAUAUGGAUAUGGCGGACCAGAAUUGUAUCAGUACAAGACCUACACGCCUCUGGAAGGCAUACACUGAACCUAUUUAUUUCUAAGUUGUCUUCUAGAUAAUAAUUUAUAUUCUCCGCUUUAUUUAAAUUAAAUCUUUUAAAAACAAUA